UCGAGGGCCCGGCAGGGCGGGGAGCCCGGCUGCUGGGGAGGUGCUACCCCCCCUCCCCCACACCACCGGGCGCAGGCGGUCUAGACCCGGGGAUGGACCUCCUAGGGCUAAUCUGAGAACAACCAAGUCCUAGAGCCUCUCGGGUCCGUAGGGCUCCACGUGCCACUCCCUGCAAGGUCAUCCAGAAAAUAAUUCCUACACCCGUAGGUGCCCACAGAGCCGGUACCUCUGGUUCUGCGCCAGCGUGCCCCACCCGCAGGACGGCCAGGUUCUUUGAUUUUCUACACCCACUUUCUAAAACCAAACCCGAGAGGAAGGGCAGGCCCAGGGUGGGGAUGCCCUGAAAUAUUCGAGAGCGGGACUGUUCCUACUUAAGAGAAGUUUACAAGAACGCUCUGUCUGGGGCGGGCGAGGCCGCAGCGAGGCGGGUCCGGGAGCGAGGGCAGGGCGUGGGCCGCGCGCCCCGGGUCGGGGGAGUUGGGGGCAGGAAGAGGGGGAGGAGACAGGGCUGGGGAGCGCCCGGCCGAGCGCCAGCCAGGCUCCUCCCGCUGCCGCGCCGCCUCCCUCUCCCCACCCGCCGCACGUACUAAGGAAGGCUCACAGCCCGCUGCGCUCGCUUCGCCGCCCCGCGUCUAGCUAGCCCAGCGUCCGCCGCGCCUCGGCCAAGGCUUCAACAGACCACAUCAAAAUGCCAUCUCAAAUGGAACAUGCCAUGGAAACCAUGAUGUUUACAUUUCACAAAUUUGCUGGGGAUAAAGGCUACUUAACAAAGGAGGACCUGAGAGUACUCAUGGAAAAGGAGUUCCCUGGAUUUUUGGAAAAUCAAAAAGACCCUCUGGCCGUGGACAAAAUAAUGAAGGACCUGGACCAGUGCAGAGACGGCAAAGUGGGCUUCCAGAGCUUCUUUUCCCUAAUUGCGGGCCUCACCAUUGCAUGCAAUGACUAUUUUGUAGUACACAUGAAGCAGAAGGGAAAGAAGUAGGCAGAAACGAGGAAUUCCCCUGGCCCUGAUAACAGUUGUCCCAAAGGGUCACUUAAGGAAUCUGCCCCACAGCUUCCCCCAUGUAAGGAUUUCAUGAGCAGAUCAGGACCCUGAGCAAGUGUACAAAUAAAAUCUAACUCCCAUCUGAUAAGCAGAGAAAGAAAAGUUAAAUGCCAGACAAGCUUUUGAUUUUUGUAUUGUUUGCAUCCCCUUGCCCUCAAUAAAUAAGUUUUUUAGUUC